GCUUCUCCAAGACUGGGUCGUGAUUCUUGGAUCCGAUUCGUGAUACCAAAGUCUGGGGCCAUCUUUAUGCUUCCGAAAUGUCCGCGAACUCUACAGCAUUAGCAGUUACCGCGGGUCCAGAGUAUUCGAGUGUCAUAAGGAGACAAGUCACGUUGACGCAGACUAUAACAUACCCGGAUGCGACAUCUACCGCCGUCGUAACUCUCGACCGAGGUGCCACACCGACCGAUACUCCGGCUCCGAGCUGGAACGCGGGCGCCGCUUCAUCCGACGGUCUCAGUCAACAACAGAUUGGCAUCAUCAUAGGGUGUUGCAUCGGGGCUGCCGUUCUCGGGAUAGUCUUAUGGUGCUGCUGUACGAAUAGGUGCGGUUGUAGGCCUUACAGCGUCUAUAACAACGGCGAGAACGAUGUCAUCUACUUUUCGGAUGAUAUGGAAGAGGUUACUAUUGCCCAGCCGCAAAGAAGCUACUGGCCAAGUUUCCCUCGAUCGAUAUCCCCACCGGCUACCCCGACCUAUGUCGCAACGGACACCGGUCCUCAGUGGACGGCGUACGAGGCAUCGAGAAGAUAUCGAUCAAGCUAUUACGAGGGCUAAAGAACAUCGUGACUUUUCGGAGACUUCAUUAAAGUCGUUAAUGUCCAACUGGUUGCCUGUCAUAGUGUUUCUGCCUAAAGUAAAAGACCUACUUACGGGUUCUGGUCUGCUUUACUGGUGGACUAUCACGUCACGAAUUUCUUUCGUACAGCCUCCAGGCGAACACAGUUAAGGGGCUAGUGCGCAUACUUUGGAUUUUAAAUAUUAAAUAAUUUGGACUUUUAUUUCUUGGUGCAGGAUGAUACCCUUUUCAAAGCUUGAUGCUAUGGCAAGCAUUUAUGAUUGUGGGAAAAGCCUGUGUAUGAGCUUGGUGGAUUCAACCGCAUAUAUAGGGGCUACGACUGCUAGACAAAUAUAUACCCACAUUCCUAAAUUUAUCGUAUAC